CUGGCCCGAGGCUCAGCCCGGCCCCUCGGUCGCUGGGUCUGCGCGGGGACCCCACGGUGGCUUCGCGGGGCAGGGCGGGGCGCUGCCCGCGCACCCAGGCUCGGCGGCCUCGGCCCAGGGGCGGGGGCGGUGAUGCGGAAGUGCCGGGAGGGCGGGCGGACAGACAAGCUCGGCUCCGGGAGGGCGCAGCUCGGCCCCACCGCCUGGCCCGUGCUCCCGGGCGCAGCCAAGCGGGCGCACCGCAGACAGCAGACGCCUUUGCCAUGAACCCGCCUGCCCCCGCUGCCCUCCCUCCGCCCCGCCGCGUACGGCUGAAGCCCUGGCUGGUGGCCCAGGUGAACAGCUGCCAGUACCCGGGGCUUCAGUGGGUCAAUGGGGAAAAGAAAUGCUUCUAUAUCCCCUGGCGGCAUGCCACGCGGCACGGCCCCAGCCAGGAUGGAGAUAACACCAUCUUCAAGGCCUGGGCCAAGGAGACAGGAAAGUACACCGAGGGGGUGGACGAGGCCGAUCCGGCCAAGUGGAAGGCCAACCUGCGCUGUGCCCUUAACAAGAGCCGUGACUUUCGCCUCAUCUAUGAUGGGCCCCGGGACAUGCCGCCUCAGCCCUACAAGAUCUACGAGGUCUGCUCCAAUGGCCCCACUCCUGCAGAGUCACAGCCCAGUGAGGAUUACACUCUCGGUACAGGAGAGGAGGAGGAGGAGGAAGAGGAAGAGCUCCAGAGGAUGUUACCAAGCCUGAGCCUCACAGAAGCAGUGCAGCCCGGCCCCCCCAUGGCACCCUAUUCUUUAUCCAAAGAGGAUGUCAAGUGGCCACCCACUCUCCAGCCACCUGUGGUGCUGGGUCCCCCUGCUCCAGACCCCAGCCUCCUGGGCCCUGCCCCUGGCAACCCUGCUGACUUUGGGGAGCUGCUUUCUGAGGUCCUGCCGAGCCCACAGCCUGGGACCCUGGCUGCCAGCCUGCCCCCCACAGGCGAACAACUCCUGCCCGACCUGCUCAUCAGCCCUCACAUGCUGCCUCUGACGGACCUGGAGAUCAAGUUCCAGUACCGGGGGAGGCCACCCCGGGCCCUCACCAUCAGCAACCCCCAUGGCUGCCGGCUCUUCUACAGCCAGCUGGAGGCCACCCAGGAGCAGGUGGAGCUCUUUGGCCCUGUGAGCCUAGAACAAGUGCGCUUCCCCAGCCCCGAAGACAUCCCCAGCGACAAGCAGCGCUUUUAUACCAACCAGCUGCUGGAUGUCCUGGACCGCGGGCUCAUCCUCCAGCUACAAGGCCAGGAUCUGUAUGCCAUCCGCCUGUGCCAGUGCAAGGUGUUCUGGAGCGGGCCCUGCGCCUCAGCCCAUGGCUCACACCCCAACCCCAUCCAGAGGGAGGUCAAGACCAAGCUCUUCAGCCUGGAGCAUUUUCUCAAUGAGCUCAUCCUGUUCCAGAAGGGCCAGACCAACACCCCACCACCGUUUGAGAUCUUCUUCUGCUUUGGGGAGGAGUGGCCUGAUCGCAAACCCCGAGAGAAGAAGCUCAUCACUGUACAGGUGGUGCCUGUAGCAGCUCGGCUUCUGCUGGAGAUGUUCUCAGGGGAGCUUUCUUGGUCGGCUGAUAGCAUCCGGCUACAGAUCUCAAACCCAGACCUCAAAGACCGCAUGGUAGAACAGUUCAAGGAGCUCCAUCACAUCUGGCAGUCCCAGCAGCAGCUGCAGCCUGUGGCCCAAGCCCCUCCUGUGGCAGGCCUCAGUGCUGGCCAGGGGCCCUGGCCCAUGCACCCAGUCGGCAUGCAGUAAUGCGGCUGCAGACAGUGACUGGCCCAGGCUUCCAGAGUGGCUGUGCAGACUGAUGUGGAGGUGCGAUGGCCUCAGUGGGCACCUGGUGGGCGGCAGGGUCCUACCUCUGGGUCCUCUGGAAGUGGAUCUGGGUCACGAAGAAGAGGAAAAGAGGCCCGAGUUCCAGGUUCUCCUCAGAAGCUGACGGAAACUGGAAGCCAGUUUUGCUUUGAGGACUCUGUCUUCCUGGAUAUGCCUCUCCUGGGCUGGCUGUGGGGGAACUGGGGGAACUGAGCCAUCGGCACCAGUGAGGAGGGAAGGAACUCCCCUCGACUCCAGGGGGCCUAGUUGUACAGAGGGAGUUGCCCCAGUGACCCAUACUUGUGGUUGCCCCCAUUUCUUCUGGCAAAAAGAGCCAAGUGCUGUGGGUCAGGUCUCCCUGGCAGGUCCUCUGCAGGGCAUGGACUGGAUAUUGGGGUUCCCUAACUUGAGCCCCACUUCCUCAUCUUUCUUCCUUCAGAGAUAGAGAUGAGCACUUAGGUAUUACACCAGAUACUUAAGGCUGGCAGCUACCUCCCUUCAGAGUCCAAGAACCUGGGGUAGAAAGUGGAAUUUUACAUAUUUUUGGAUUAAUAAAUAUUAAAAAACAGACUCAGCUAUUAUUUUCAGUACCGGUUGCUCCCAUGCUAUUCUACUAGACCGUAUGUCUCAUACCAGCUGGCCCUCUUUCCCCCAGCACCUGCCCUCCUGCUCUGGGGCCGCUGACACAGGGAGGGCUUGCCUUCCAGGCUGAUGAGUCAGUGGGGCCUUCAUAAGCACUCAGCUGGCUGGCUUUGCUUUCCAGGAGGAAGCCAGCUGAAGCAAGGGAGUGGACUUUUAAAUGUGUGCAGAGUCUAAAAUCCUGGGCUGGAUUUCAACUAGGGACCAUUACAAUCUGUUUCCCUCAUAUAUAUUCAUAUGCUAUUAAAUAUAUUAAAUAUAUUAGGACAAUGCAUACAAAUUGGUAGCUCACUGUUUGAAUCUGGCUCAUAGAUAUAAUUUUCUGACCUGAACAAUUUUGCUCUUAUCUUUUUAUUUGUAGCUCCAACAGUAAUCAACUCAUAGUCUUUUCUCAUCUAAACUCCCAACCACACCCCCACCCUGAGAUUAUUUUGAAGCAAAUCCUAGACAUAUUUCAGGUAUAAACAGUAUGUAUCUCUAAAAGACAAGCACAUCCUAAAAAACUACAGUAUCGCACCUAAUUAAUUUUUAUUAAAUAUCUAGCAUUUAAAAAUUUAAGACAACUAGAGAAAUUUUAUUCCCUUGCCAUUUAAUUGUGGAAGAACUUGCAUUUUUUGUUCUGCAUUUUGUUUUUGCCUAGAUGCUCCUGACUGCAUCUGUUAACAUAUUUUGUCUCCUGUGUCUCCUGUAAAUUGGUACUUUGAUUCUAGAGGCUUAAUUGGAUACAGGUUUUUGUUUCGACUACCUUUGACUAGUGGGUAUUGGAAUUGUUUCCGAUCUUUAAUUAUUAUACAUAACGCUGUAGUGGAUAGGCUUGUGCAUAUUUAUGUAUUUUCAUAUUUUUGCCUGUAUAUCUUUAGGAUGGCUCCACAGAAAUGGGAUUUCCGGGCCAAAGGAUAAAUAUGUGUCUAACUUUGCUAGAUAUCGGCAAAAUUCUGAUAAAUCUCUGAGCGUGGCUGUUUCCCCGCUGUCUCAACAGACUACAGUGUCAACUUUUUGGAUUUUUGCCAACCUGAUAGGUGAGAAAUAGUAUCUCUACCAUUUCUCAUUAUGAACAAGGCUUAGCAUCUUUAUAUGGUUAAGUGCCCUGUGCAGAUUUUAGUGAUUUUUUUUAAAAUAAACAAAUUUAGAAUAGUCUCAGAUUUACAGGAAAGUUGCUAAUGGAGUGCCUAUAUAAACCCACAGCCAGUUUCCCCAGUUGUUAACAUCUUACAUUAUACCUUACAUUACUAUGGAACAUUUGUCA